UUAACAUGAAUCUCACCAGUGUUAGACAACAGUAGUGCUGUAAAGUGUUGCAACUGUCAAAAAUCGGCGUUUGUUUUCAAUUCGCAGCCCUAGCUCGAUUGUGCGGCCCUAGUUCUUUCUUUUUUGACGUGACCAGCGAGAAAAAUGGUGAAGGUUAAGUGCUCCGAAUUGAGAACCAAGGACAAGCGCGAGCUCACCAAGCAAUUGGAUGAGCUCAAGAAUGAGCUGCUUAACUUGCGUGUGGCUAAAGUCACCGGUGGAGCACCAUCCAAGCUCUCCAAGAUCCGCGUUGUGCGCAAAGCUAUCGCUCGCGUCUUCAUUGUGAUGCACCAGAAGCAGAAGGAGAAUCUGCGCAAGGUGUUCAAGAACAAGAAGUACAAGCCUUUGGAUCUGCGCAAAAAGAAGACCCGCGCCAUGCGCAAGGCUCUGUCGCCCCGCGACGCCAACCGCAAGACGCUGAAGGAAAUCCGCAAGCGUUCCAUCUUCCCACAACGCAAAUUCGCCGUCAAGGCAUAAAUAUGAAGGCGAAACAAUAUACAAAUUGUUAACCAACUACAUCAUAUAUAGUGUGCGCUAAGAAAAUUCUCCUGAAAAAGAAAGAAAAAAGGAAUAAGAAAAUAAAACCAUUUUUUUUAAAUGUGAAA